AUGAAAAAUUCCCCCCAAACAAUUAUAAAAACUAUUUUAAAAAAUCAAAAAGAUGGGGGUCAUUGGAUAAUCGAUCAAAUUAAAUUAAAUUUAGAUAGUAUACAUAUUAAAGACUGUUCGAAGGGGUGCGACAAUAAUGUGUAUUUAAUCAGUUUGGAGAAUGGCAGCGAUGAUGAUAAAGUUAUAAUAAGAAUACCCAGACAUUUAAAAAGCGAGGAUUGUCCAAUUAUGCAUACACCACUUAUGCAAUCAACUAUAUUAAAUGUUUUAACAGAUGCAGAGCUAGAAUUGAUAGAUAUACAAAUACCAAAAUUAAUCUCAUUAGACACCAAGAACGAUCAAUAUAUGAUAGAGUCUUAUAUACCCGAAUGUGAUCUAAGCGAGAUAUUUUCAAUACCGUCUGAAAUGAACGACGAUCAAAUCAAAAGAGUAUUUUCAAAAGUUGGAGAAAUUUUAUAUAGGGUUCACAGUGUCAAAACAACCAAGUUUGGAAGUUUACAAAAUACCAAACUGGAGGGAGCUUUUGAUAACUGGAGAGAUUUCUUUGAGCCGUGUAUUAUAGAGCAAUUCGAAUCCAUCCAAAUCGAUUUAGAUUACAUACAAAAAACCCACCAAGAAUUUCAAUCGACCAAUGAAAUCAGACAUUUUUUAACUAAUUUUUACAAUCAAGAUAUUAAACAAACAUUAACCGAAUUCAACAAACCUUGUCUUGUUCAUGCAGAUCUUUGUAGCAAUAAUAUAAGAGUCAACAAAAUUAAUAAAAGUGAUCCAAAUCAAAUCAUCAAGGUAUUGGGUAUUAUAGAUUUUGCAGAUGGUAUUUCAGGAGAUGGUCUAUAUGAUUUGGGUAGAAUUUUAUCACACGUCUAUGGCGAUUGGAGGUUCAUCGAAGCAAUGGAAUCGGGUUACUUUAAGCAAGAUCCAAACAUUAAACAAUUUACAAAAACACAAUAUAAACAAAUCAUAUUUUAUGCGCUAUCUUUUUGUGUUUGGUUAUUGGACAUAUCGAGCGAAGAUUCCGAUUUCAAAAAAUAUAAUAAAAUAUUAUCAAAUUUAAUUUUGCUAAUAAAAAAAUAUAAAUAA